GGCAUCUUCAAUUGAAGGGGAAGAGGAAGAGUUCUAUUUACAAUAGCUUUAUGAACUGCAAAGCUCACCUCUAAAACUAAGCCACAACCUUAAAGCAGCUCUCUCUGUUUGCCUGAGCAAUGAGCUCCUACGUCUUUUGUGCUCUUUGUUCAGAGGGGUUUUUUUUUAAAACAUGCAUUGUAACAUUUCUUUUAAGGAUUGCCUGCCAAAAGAGAAUCCCCUAAGGAAAACCAGACCAAGAAAGUAGUGACCAAUCCUUUUCGGAUUAUUGUCAGAAGGCUCCUCCCAGCCCCUACAAUUUGCAUAAAAAAAUCCAGAAAACUCUUGUUUGCCCAGCAUCUUGAUCAGUUUGUCCACCCCUGUCUAACAGUCAGAGCCUGAGCCUCCUGGAAAGCUGCAUGUAGCCUCAGGGGAGCUGAGAGUUUCUCUCUCUGGGCUAGAGCCUGUUUUCUGCCUUUGUAAGAAACUGGAAGCCUCGCUGGGGCGUUUUUUUCACCCCCGUUUUAGAGCGUGAGUCACCAACCAUGUACCAGGGAUACUGGUCUCUGUUCCUGAUCUUUAUCGCCUCCCACUGCGUAGGGUCCGUCAAAGGGCUCUUUCUCUUUGGACAGCCCGAGUUCUCAUACAAGAGGUCCAACUGCAAACCUAUCCCCGCCUCCCUCUUGUUGUGCCGCGGGAUCGAGUACCCGAACAUGAGGCUGCCCAAUCUGCUGGGGCAUGAAACGAUCCAGGAGGUCCUGGAGCAGGCUGGAGCCUGGAUCCCUCUAGUUCAGAAGCAGUGCCACCCGGACACCAGAAAGUUCCUGUGCUCGCUCUUUGCGCCCGUCUGCAUCGAUGACCUGGAUGAGACCAUUCAGCCUUGCCAUUCGCUCUGUGAGCAGGUGAAGGACAGUUGCGCCCCGGUUAUGUCUGCCUUCGGCUUCCCCUGGCCUGAGAUGCUGGACUGCAGCCGCUUCCCCCAGGACAACGACCUAUGCAUCCCCCCGGCAAGCAGCGACCACGUCCUCCCUACCCCCAGAGAAGCACCAAAGGUCUGUGAUGCCUGCAAAAACAAGAACGAAGAUGACAACGACAUCGUGGAAAACCUUUGCAAAAAUGACUUUGCCCUGAAGAUAAAAGUGAAGGAGAUCACAUACAUCAAUGGGGACACCAAGAUCACCCCUGAAACAAAGAGCAAAACCAUCUACAAGCUGAAUGGGGUGACAGAGAGGGAUCUGAGGAAGACAGUGCUCUGGCUCAAAGGUGGCCUGCAGUGUACCUGUGAUGAGAUGAAUGACAUAAAUGCACCCUAUUUAGUGAUGGGACAAAGGCAGGCUGGGGAGCUGGUGAUCACCUCCGUGAAGCGGUGGCAGAAAGGGCAGCGGGCGUUCAAACGAUUCUCCCGCAGCAUCCGCAAACUGCAAUGCUAAUCACUUCUACUCUAGUCACUUUCACCCCAGUCACUUACACCAGCUGCCCCAGUUCUGAGCUCUUCAAGCCUCUUGCACCUUCUUGUUUCAGCCUUUCUGAACCACAAGAUAUAGCAGGCAUGGGAGACGAUGGCUGUUUGUUUAAAAUGAAGAGGAGGGGAAAACCCGCCCCUUCAAAUUUUGUAAAUAUAUUAAAACUGUAAUAAAAAUCAUGAAUAUUUUUGUGAAGUAUUAAAAUAUCUUGCUUAAA